CGCUCACCAUGGACAGCCGGGCGACGCUUCUUUUCCUCGUCAUCACCAUGGUUGCGGUAUCUGGGGACGAAGAUUGUCUACGAUACCUAAAUUUAUAUGAUCAAUUUGUUCCGGAACGUGAAUGUCGUUUCUCUUCUUUCUGCUGUGGAAACUGCACCUUUCGUUUUUGCUGCACAAACUGGACUCUUCUUUUUCCUGAAGAAGAACAGAAGCGCUGUUUACAUGUAAAACUCAGCUCUAACUUUGUAAUUGGAAUCGUCUCUGCUGUCGUUCUGUUUAUAACCAUUGUGGGCGUUUUGGCUUGCUGUUUAUUGUGCUCUUGCUGCUACAUGUACCAGAGGUAUCAACAGCAGAGAACGCACCGCAGUGAAGUGCAGAUACCAUACUUCAUACAGCAAAUGGCACAUCAAUCAAGAGCUCCUCAGAAUGUAACGUAUUCGGCAUACCCUCAGUACCCGAUGUCACAAUAUUCUCCCAAUCCAGCGAGCAGUGCUGCACCAUAUGCUUACCACCCAGCCCACAUGCCUCCUGCACCAUAUGAUUCAAGAGCAUCAAGGUUUCAACCUGAAUCUCCACCUCCAUAUCCAUCACCCAAGUACCAAUAGAGAGUGGAGAAGGCAAUGCCAUUGUUCAGACUUGCAUCUUGCUCCACACAAGACGACUGUGAAGUUGUGUUAUGACAGGCCUUUCUUGUAUGUGAAGUGAUGCUCCACAAGAUGACUCUAACUUUAGUUUCCACAUAAUGCUUAGUGUGCAGGUAAAUUCUGAACUUUAGAUUCCGUUCUGCGUUAUUAUGUUCUCUUUGUUUACUUGCCCUGUUUGUGUUUGUCUAAACACUGGUGCCAUUGUACACCAGUAAUACUGAUUUAAGUAUUGUGUGAAAUGUUGUUAAGGAUUGUGUAUCUCAUGCAGAUACCUGGUAUGUUACAGAAGGUAUAACCUUCGUUGCCAUAAUGUUUAAAGUAUUGGUUUCAUUAACAGAUUGCACCAAUCUUAUCAGCAGAGACCACAUGAUAGGGAGCAUGUUAUGGGAGCCAGUGAGGAUGAUCAAUUGUGGAAUUCUGAGGAAAGGGAAACGUGUUCAAAUACUAUUUUCCUUAUGUCCUGAGCCUAGGACUCCCUCUUUCUGGUCCGGGCCAGGAGCAUGGAUGAGACAUUUAGAUGGUUACAUCCAUGCCUCGGUGUUAGCCACAUUGUUAGUGGCGUUCUUUUCAGUGACAAAAACUUUCUAAAGUGGAGUCUUUAUUUAAUUUGCGGAUUAAUGACUCCAGAACCACAACCAAUAUUCCUCCAUCAAAAUUUACCCCCAAAAAAGAUUAAAGAAUUAACUUGUUUUUAUAGUAUUUUAUCACAUCAAACAAAAUGCUUAGUGUGAAAUUAUUGCGAAGUCAGUCANUUUUUGUAGGCAAACAAUGACUAAUGGGGCCCAACAAAUGGCCAUGAUGCCUCAGAGCUGUGUGCAUGCGUGUGUAUGACAAAAAUUAUACCCCCCCACCUUUUGCUUCCAUAGCAUUCGCUACACUUCAACAAAACACCACUUCAUUGUGUAAAGGGUUUUCAGAUGUAAAUGUAAGGAUGAUUACAGGAAUGUUGUGUGCAAGAACUGUUGCUGGGGUCUAAUUGGCAUCCAAUUAUAACCAGACUCGCUUGCAGCGACUCUUGAGUUGUGAAUCGUAGCUUGUGCCAGUCACUAGAAGUGUGGCAUGCGGACCCAAGAGUGUAUCAAGAUGGUAUCUCAAAACACACCUUUAUUCCACUGACAAAGAAGAGAAAGAUUUUCUGAUGUAAGGAUAGAGUUGCUAAUUAACCUUCACUAAUGUACUCAAGAAUGUAACUUGGUUUUAUUUGAAAUGUUUGUGCUAUUUUUCACAUUUUUCACUGAUUUGAAGAGGAAUCUGGAAGCCUUUUUUUAUGAAAGCCCAAUAAAAACUUGAAUUUGAAUGUGUUACUAAGUCA